AUGGCGAAUGAUGCCAGUGCUCCCGCAAAGAGUGGCUUGUCCUUAUAUGCCAAUCUGCUUGGCUCUAAGAGCUCGACACCCGGCUCAUCCAUCACAAGCGCACCGGUGAGCUACAAGCAACAGCCAGAGAGUGCUGAAGACAAUGAAGCUGCAAAGAAGCAGCAAUCCCUUGCUGCCGCAUUACGAUUCCAGCCUGUGAAGAGACCCCAGCAACCAUCGUCUGCAGCGGCGGCUGCUGCAAAAGCGAAGGCCAAGGCUAUCGCCAAUAAGUUGUCCUCAGCACCCCAGAUCUCUCUAGCAGAUAGCAAGCCGGCUGAACAAGCACCGGAACCGACAGAUGUGCAGGCGCCAAGAACCACAAUCGACGACUGGGCCAAUACCGCAGAAGAUGACGAUUGGUUUCAAGGCGAGAAGCGGCAACGCGGCGGCCGAAAGAAGAGGAAGAAAAACAAAGAAGCCGUGGUUGUCGAGCGCAAUUGGGAUGACAUCUACGAUCCAAGUCGACCGAAUCACUAUGAAGAAUACAAGGGCAGCGAGGAGAAAGUUUUGGAGGUAAGAGAGUGGAAAGACCUACUAUACCGUCACCGAAUGCGGCGGCGGCAGUCAAGCGAGGACUACAGUGACCGCGAGGAGCGGCCUGUAAAUCGUCAAUUCGCUCCGCCCAAAGCGUUCGCACCGCCCUCGAAUAUCAACGACGACACUGCACACCAACACCGAGACAGUCCGCCACCACCACCACCUGCCGACCUACCUGAUGAUCCAACGGGAGACCUCGAGUCAGCUCGAAUAGGAGAAAUUGCUCGCGCUCCGGUACGAUACACCCUGCCCGAAGCAUCUGCGGACCUUCCGAAGGCUGGACCAGAACCAGAGACACAGCCAGAUGCGGAAAUUACGGAGACUGAACAAGGUCGCACAAAUCGUCCCGGCCAAGCAGGUUUCGCUGAGCGCCUGAUGUCCAAGUAUGGCUGGAGUAAAGGUCAGGGUCUAGGAGCAAACGGUCAGGGCAUCAUCAACCCACUGUAUGCCAAGGCAGAUAAGCGUAAGAAGAAGUCUGACGCGGAAGGUGGUGGUUUCAGAACUCCUGCCGGGACUGGCAAGAUUCUUGGUGGCCAACGCGCCAAAGGCGCCGAAGGGGAAGAACACGGCGUAUUUGGCGCCAUGUCUGAGGUCAUCAGACUCGAGCAUAUGCUCGAUGGAAUGGACAUUGACCAGGAGCUUGGCAGAGAAGAAGGCGGUAUCAUGCAAGAAAUUGGUGAGGAGUGCGGAGAGAAGUAUGGUACUGUCGAGCGGGUCUAUAUUCAUCGACGUUCAGCAGAGGAGGGAGGCGCGAUGGUGUUUGUGCGCUUUGUCAGCCAGCUGAGUGCGUUGAGAGCUGUCAAUGCUCUUGAGGGACGAGUCUUUGGAGGCAAUGCCAUCAGUGCUCGCUUCUGGGACCGAGAGCGCUUCGAGAAGGACGAGUUCGAAUAG